AUUUGUUUCAUCAACAGAGACAUCUGCAAAAUCAUCCUCGCCAUCGUCCUCCCCCCUCUGGGUGUCUUCCUUGAGCGCGGUUGCAACGCAGACUUCUUCAUCAACAUCCUGCUCACCAUCUUGGGUUAUAUCCCAGGUAUCAUACACGCGCUG